AUGUCAAAGCUCUCCAAGAUCAACCAUGCUGCGGGCAUCUUCGCCGACAUGUCGGUCGAUGGGCCUGCGAUUGGCACGCUGGUUGCCAUCAUUGACCGUGCGAAGAAUUUGCCUAAUCGCAAGACUAUGGGCAAGCAGAAUCCAUACUGUGCAGCAAGGCUAGGCAAAGAGGCAAAAAAGACUCCUACCGACCUGCGUGGUGGACAAACUCCUCGAUGGGAUCAUGAACUCCGAUUCACAGUACACGAAUCACCAGACUACUUCAAGUUGAAGGUCUCAAUUUUCAACGAUGACAAAAAGACGGACUUGAUCGGGGAGACCUGGGUCGACCUGCAGAACCUGAUCAUCCCAGGGGGCAGCCAGAACGACCACUGGCACCCGCUACAGUGCCGUGGCAAAUAUGCUGGUGAUGUUCGAAUCGAAAUGACCUACUACGACACCCGGCAACAAGACGAGGCGAUUAUUGAGCGACGGAAAGAAGCUGCUGAGAGGGUUCAAGGCAAGACCACUGGUGGUGGUGGUGGUGGUGGCCCAUCAAGCUCUGGUCUUUCUGGCCCUCGACAAUUGGAGAAAGUCAAGAGACGGCCUCUGCCUACAGAUCCAUUUGGAGCCCCUCCACCAAGGCCCUCUGUUCUGGAACAAACUCACUCUACUCCUGCUCCUCCGCUGCAGCAUCCCCAGCCAUCACGGCCUGCCAUGCGUGAUCAUGCACAUACCAUGCCUGCACCCGCACCGGCUACGAACCCAGAUGCCCUCCCUUACCCGCCAAGACGUUCAGAGCAUACUCAUGAUGCUCCAUCAUAUAAUGCGCCAGCCCCCAGCGUAAAGGCCCGAGGAGCAUAUGAUGCCCCUGAUAAUUAUCAACGCGAAUGGGACAACCCGGCUCCCACUCCCGCUCUUCCACCUGCCGGCAUGAUGAGACGCAAUACACAUGAAACUCAACACCCCAACGAAGACCCCGACCCUCAAUACGACCCUCGCUCCGCCCAAAUGUGCAGUCAUUCCGACUAUGAUCAGCCUCCUAGUGACUACCGAUCAACCUCGGAACCGCCAUUUGAGACUGAUCUGCAUGGGAGGACACUGUAUGACAGGUCUCCUUCGCAGUCUCACGACGCCUACAGCUCAGUGAUCUCUCCUCAAUAUAGUGCGAAUCCCAUGACAUUUGGACAUGUUUCGACAUUCUCCCCGCGGUCGUCUGGUCAUGUCGAUGAACCAGCACCUUUGGAUUAUUCUCGACCAAGUUCCUCGUCUGGCCCAGGAGAUGAACUACGGUAUCAACCACGCACAAUGAAGGCUCUACCUGCACCCCGAAAUGAUCCUUAUCAUCCCGAGUACGCCACGAUGCAGCCGCGCGUGGAAGAUGAGGAAGAGGAUGCUCCCCCUCCCCCGCCCCCCAUUCAUCGGUCUCGAAUGGCUCAGCCGCCAUCGCCAGUGAAGCCGACGUCUAGUCAAUCACCCUCGCCUUAUACCCCAUACAGCCCUGUCUACUCCAGCAACCCGUCUCCCAUGCCAGCAAGUUUGGUGGCUGGCUACGAAAGUGAGGAACAGGAUCGGUUAUUUGAGGGACGGAAUAGCCGCAAGGGCAGCACGAGUCACAUGGAGGAUGAGAUGAUGAUCCCUCAACCACUAUCAGCGCCUGUCUCGGCUCCGGCUCCAGUAUCCAUGUCCGCGUAUGCACCUGCGCCAAUUCCCAUACCAUACGAGGCCCCCAUCUAUCCUCUCCGGACAUCUCCACAGCCUGUAGAUGAUCGGAGCUCCAUCAGGAGUAGGGGCGGAUCGGUAAGCCCGGACACACGGAUGGUGGUGACACGGAAGUCUGUUAGCCCACGACCCUCAAUUUCUAGUGACCGGGGAGGCUCCUCGAUUCCAUUCUCCCCCGACUCGUACAAUUCUUUGAACCCGCAUGCGUCCCGGCCAUCCACCAGCAGGGAGCCAUCGCCGGCGUACGAGACACCUUCGCAAGCCAGAGACGCGGCAGUGCGCGCGGAGAUUGAACCUUUUCGAGACCCAGAUCAGCCUAUCAUCGGUGACGAUGGCCGCGAAAUUGAUCCUUCUGACCACUUGCCCGCUGACACCUGGGCACCUGAGCCAGAGAGGAAGAGUCGCAAACCUGAAGUUAUCAUUCGGUUCAAGCACUCCCCCAGGCCUACUUCUCGCGGCAAUGAUACUUCUCGCACUACUGGCCCGCCUCGUGUGGGGUUCCGGCCUACGGCUGACACUGAUCGACCCAGCAAGAAGUACACUCCACAACACGUUCACACUCCGCCUCGCGCUGAUCGUGGACAUGAGAGCUACAGUAGCUUCACGAACGGCCGGGUCUACAGCACCCCAACCUCAGUGGAACGGCCGCGCUCCUCGCGGGGCUCCGUGUCUCCUUCUCCCGGCUCUCGCUCCCCAUUGUACGACUAUAACUCCGGUCCUCCCAUCCCAUCGAAGGUGCCAGUCUCUCACGGAUCCCCUGGGUACCCUGUUGCAGCCAGCAAUGUGAGUACUGGCAACCCCGGAAUGGAUGCUUUGAGCCGGGAGCUCAAGACUAUCGACAUCGGGUCCGUGGGGUGCAGCCCGAGCCGAGCCGUGCGCAAAUACGCGCCCCGGCCAUCAGUCACGAUGGGCUAUGCUAGCUAA